UGCAUAUGAUGGCUGCAAAAAGCCAUUCGAUAGCCAGGAAGCGCCGACUGUGGGCGGCGUUUCCCCGCAGAGGACCUGCAUACGAUGUCCUCACUGUGAUCGAUUGCUCUGCAGGUCAUGCAAAUCUGUUUGGCACCCGGACUUUUCUUGCAUCUCUUAUCAAGCGUCGCCGGCAUCUUCUCCCACGCAGUAUUGGAAUUUAUCUCCUCACUCCUGCGGAGGAACAGCCAGCCCUCAAGUAUCCCCGUGGACAUCUGCAACUCAAAUCCAUUCGCCAUAAUGCCCUGCGUUCGUCUUGUACUUGUAACUGACUGUAUCCAUAUCUAUUCUCUGUUGUAUGUCAGAAUCCAAAUGUACUCGUGAUCUAGCUUUCCGCAGGUUGAGCUGGGGAGACCUUUCCGGUUCCCGGCCUACCCACC